CUAGGUUUAACGCAAGAGUCUAGCCGCCAUGGAAUCACUGCAGCAGAAGGAACAUCAACCGAUCCCAGUUGAUCUCAUUAUCGAGAUACUCUCGAGAUUAACGUCGACACCAAUAGCAAGAUUUCGUUGCUUAUCUAAGCUUUGGGAUUCCAUACUCCGUAGUCAAGAUUUCACAGAUACCUUCUUGGCAAGAUCUUUAGCUCGACCUCAGCUCUUGUUCGCCUGCGGAAACGAUGAUGGCAAUUUGUUCUUCUUCUCCUCACCUCAGAAGUCCUCUUCUAUAGCCGCCGCCAACUAUCAUAUGAAUUUUCCAUGUGCACGUUUCGAUAAUGUUAGACAUGUCAAUGGUUUGGUCUGUUUUAAAGAUAAUGCGUUUGCGUUGAAGAUAUUUAACCCUAGUACGGGACAGUGCUUAACUUUACCUGAAAUUAAGACACACGGGCGUUGGAUGAGAACCUUUUUGGGGUGUGAUGCGAUUGAGAAACAAGUCAAAGUAUUGACAAUAACAGGGGAACAUGAAGGGAAUGCCAUCUCUGACCAGCAUCAAGUUUUGACGUUAGAAACUGAUAAAAUGUCAUGGAGAACAAUUCAUUGUGGCAUACCUCAUUUUCCUAUAUCCGGUGGUGUAUGCAUUAAUGGUGUUUUGUACUACAUAGCUACAGAGGAUUCGAUGAUUGUGUGCUUUGAUGUUAGAUCUGAGAAGUACACGUUCAUUAGAGCUCGUGGAGCAGUGGAUCUUACUACAAAUCUGAUAAACUACAGGGGUAAAUUGGCUUCACUUGGGUUUUAUGGUUUCCUAUAGAGACUUGGAGUGAAGGUAGAAAGGACGAGUCUUACUCUGUUGGCGUGACUGGUAAAAGUGAAAUUUUGUUUUUCCCAGACUAUGUAUCCGACCCUUUUUAUGUCUUUUACUACAAUCUCGAGAGGAAAACAAUCAGAAGAUCUGAAAUCCGAGGAAUGCGAAAGUUUAAGGGUAAGAAAGUUUUCACUUUUCUAGACCAUAAGGACAUGAAGCUUAUUUAAAGUGUUUUGGGAUUUUAAGUUGUCUCAUCAAAAGGAUUGUAAUAGAGCCCUGAUCUUUCUAUAGCUAGGGGUUCUUUUGCUUACUAGAUAUUACUUGUCUUUGGUUUGUCUUUUGAUGUUAUUCACUAAUGGGUUCGUACACUACUAGGGGUGGGCGUUCGGGUACCCGUUCGAGUUCGGAUCGGGUAUUUCAGAUUUUCGGGUAUUUCGGUAUAGGAGUGUAAUACCCGUUCAGGUAUUUCUUUACUUCGGGUCGGGUUCGGGUUUUUUUAGUUCGGGUUCGGGUAUUUCGGAUCGGUUUUUCGGAUAUUUAG